CUUCUCUGCUUUUCGCAGGGAAGGGCCAUGUAGCUGCAGCUCAAGUGCAGCCAUCUGGCCCUUCGGAUCGGGGUCAAGGCGCCAGGGGUUGGACAGGCCACUCCGCCCCUGUUCGGCCACUGCCUUCAGCAGAGCUUUCUCGUCCUCGUCUAGCGCGCAUUCUCUUCCUUCCCUCAUGACUCUGGCAAGCGCGACAACUGUCAACCAUCACGGCGCCUACGCCAGUCGUCACUCCAUCUCGCCCAACAUGGCCGUGUGGGCGGUGGUGUUGCCGCCCAGCCGAGAGACUGGUGUAUUUCACAUAUUUUUUGACCUGCCUCUCCCCACGUGGCAAUCUCCAAGCGAUCACUUCGGAGGAGCUGGUACGGAGAUAAUCCAUGUUGAGAUCCACGGUUCUCGUGGAUUUGGAUGGGUCAGUGUCCGCGGCGAAGAAGGAUAUCAGAAGUUUAUGGAACUUCUUCGGUACACAGCCACCUUGGACCUUUGGAGUGAAUAGGGGGAGCUACCUCGAGCUCCAAGCAGUUAACAAAGAUUCUCUUUUGAAAGGUCUCACUGAAGCAUGGAAGAACGAUUUGCGGUCAAGGAUCGAGCUCUGCGGGGAAAUGCAGUGCUUGCGCCCUCCCCAACAGUUCCCACAGCCGAUCUAUCAUUCUCCAGCACCACCUCCACUUCCACAUCUCGUUCCUGGCCGGUACGGCAGCACUGCUGGGGUACAUGGCCACGGGAUGGUUGUCACGAGUUACGCUCCCUACCCACCAAUUCCUAGGCGCCUCUCUAUGCUAUGAGCUCUGAGACAGCAGCAAUUGAGGCGCAGGAGAUCGAGAAGCUCGCGUCACGUAUGGGGAUGCUGCGGACGGCCGCUCCAGCUUGGCCGUCGCCAUACGAAGCAUUCCGAGGACGGCGAUAGGCUCAUCCAGUGCGCCUCGACCGGUCAGGGGUUUUCCGGUGCGACCUCCUGAGAGAGCGCACCCUGGUCUACGGCACGUCGAUGGAACAAGGGGAGAUAACACACGCCGCGACCAAAUGGCUGGUGUUCUCGUCGUCCGUGGCAACUCCAACGCAUCCGCAAACGUGACCACCCCGGGUCAGAGUGCUCGUUAGUUGUAGUAUUAUGGAUAAUCAAGCUUAUGUGU